UUGCUCCCCGCGGCACGAGUAGCGAUAGUUAUGUACAGUACGUAGCAAUACAGUGCGGCGGGUUAGGUGUACAUAAUCCUCGCUAGUCGCGCCACGUCCCAGCCUCGGCUCCUGUAAUAUUCUUGAAAAUCCAUAGCCGCUCGUUACCAUUCUCCGGCCGUCCGCUUGGCCCCAUCGCGCCAGUUCCGCCAGCUUUUGAGUCGACUCAAAAGCAGACUCAAAAGCAAACUCGUAGACUGCUCGUCUCGCCUCGUCUCCUCCAUAUCCGGUCGUCGCCGUUCUCCCGGCCGUCCGCUCGUCCCCACGGCGUCAGCUCCGCCAGCUCCGCCAUUCCCGCCAGUUCCGUUUGUUCCGCCAGACCAUCUUCCAUCGCGCAACUGCCGUUACUAGCCCGUCCGCUAUUAGCCCGUCCACCGCUCUCCCUCCCGUUCCGCACCGGCGAUCCGCUACUCGCCCAUCCGCUAUUAGCCCGUCCACCGCUCGCCUCACCCAUCCGUAGCUGGUCGGUACGCUGCCACUACUCGCUCGCCAGUCCCCCAGCGGCAAUCCGAUCCUCCCAUUGCGGACGGCUAUCCGCCGCCACCGCGCGCAAAUUCCGCCAGGCUAUCCGCCAUCGCGUUAGUUCCGCUACUGCGCAAGUUCCGCCAAAGGCCCGCACCAUGCGCGCGCGGCUAGUGGUACACCGUCGCGACUGGCGGUCGCGACACGUCGUCAUCCCGGCUACGCUCCUGUCGCUCGUUUUAGUCGCGUCCUUCGGUGGGUUCGGAUCGGUGCAAGUCGGUGCGGCGCCGUUCAGCGUGCUCGACUCGUACCAGCCGCCAUGCCCCUUUCUGCCGGACCCUCCCCCAGAAGGUUGGAAGCUGUGGAGCGACCCUGCCACGUGGGCCAGUACCGGCAGCUCCGUGGUUCCAGGAGUGAAGGCAGCUGGGAGCGAGUGGGCGGAUGUGACUAUACCGUGUGGGACGGCCGUGCUGCUGGAUGUGCCUCUAGUGAGCCUCAGCAAGCUCGUCAUAAAAGGAUGGCUCAGGGUGCAGGACUCCCCAUCCCUCCCUCGGGUUGAGGUGCAAGCAACCUUCAUCAUAGUCCAAGGACGCCUCUCCGUUGGUUCCUCCGACGCUCCCUUCCGCCGCCUUGCUCUCUUCACCCUCCUCCCCUCACCCGGGCGCCGCAACUUCUCUCUCACGGACCUACCCCCAGCCGAUCCUCAGAACCCCCGCAAUCUCGGGCACAAGGCCUUUAUUGUGGUGGGAGGGGCAGUGGAUCUACACGGCAUGCCCGGCUCUGCCUCUGCCCCUGCGUGGGUGCGGCUGGUGCGCACAGUGGUGCCGGGAGAUAAGUUCGUGGUUGUGGACGGCGAUAUCACGAACUGGCCGGUCGGCGGCACUGUAGCGGUUGCGUCCACUAGUGCGAACAUGAAUGAGGCGGAGACGGGGGUGAUUACUUAUGUCGCCCCUAUGCCCUCUGGUCCUGGUUACUAUAUCGGAUUGGCCAAGCCCCUCAAGUUCCGCCACGAGGGUAGUCUCCAGGGUAUCCCUGAUGGAGUGGGGGGCACGGUGGAUAUUCGAGGGGAAGUUGCCCUUUUGGACCGGAACGUCAUCAUUCGGGGGUACAAGGAAAAGCCACCCUUCGACACAGAUGGCGGUCACUUCAUGGUGUUUAUGACUCGCACGCCGCAAGUCAUAGAGGGGGUGCAGUUCCUUGGCUUAGGGAACCAAGGCGUGUUGGGGCGGUAUCCCGUGCACUUCCACAUCUGCGGGAAUGGCAACCAGGCUCACAUCGUGCGCAAGAACGUCAUUGCUGCGAGCCAGCAGCGCUGUGUGGUCAUCCACGCUACAUCAGAUAUGACCAUAGAGGAAAAUGUGGCUUAUGAAACCAAGGGGCACUGCUUCUUGACGGAGGAGGGCAGCGAGUACAACAACGUGUUUAAGCGGAACCUGGGGAUCAACAUCCGAGGAGUGCGCAAGGUGAUCCCCCCCGAGUCCUCGGACCGCCUGGACAGGCAGACGGACAACCAGGCCACCACGUUCUGGAUGGCGAGCCCAAGGAAUGAUCUGAUUGGCAACGUGGCGGCUGGAUGUGACAAUACAGGCUACUGGUACGAGAUGCUGGCUCGCAUGCGGGGAGCUUCCAAGAAGCUGGACUUGGGCGACACCCCAAUGCCGUUCUUCGACUCGUUUGGCCGGUUCGACGGCAACGUGGCUCACUCGUGCAAGGCCGGCAUUCGCAUGUACCCACAUGGGAACAGACCCCCGAAAGAGGCUGUUUUCACCAAUCUGCUUGUGUACCAGAGCAGACUCGGCAUUCUCUUCCAUCGCAGCCGGGAUACCACCAUCAGGGACUCUGCGUUCGUGGACGUGGCGGUGGGCAUCGGCAGCGAUGUGAAUGUGGAUAUCAAAGUGCAGAACACCCGCUUCGUUGGCCGCACGCAGCCCUGCGUAUCAUCAGCCAAACGAGCCUCUGCCCAAGCUCAAGCAAUGGACUUCAAAACUGCGGCUGCUGCUGCUGCAACAAGCACCGGCGCAAGCGGCCUCUUCCCCAACCAGCCGACGGCCUUGGUUCAGGAGUCUCUCUCGUCCACGCUCCUCCGAUCGUACCUCAACUCAGAAGGCCCUGUAACAGCCAGCGCAGCGUCUACUAACGAGGAUGGUUUUAUCCAGGGGAACAGCAUCAAGGGUGUCACCAGCACCACCACAGCCACCACCACCACCACUGCCAGCACUGCUAGCACUGCCAGCACCACUUUCACCAUCCAAAGCCUUCCCACUGAAAGCAGCUCUCCAACCGAAAGCACCUCACCAGCCCAAGGCAAUCCCCCUACCGACGGCUACCCUAAUCCCAUCACCCCCCCCUCGUCAGGCCCACCGGUUACCGACAACCCCAAACCCCUGCCGACCCUUCCCUAGGUCCAUUUUUCGAAAAAGAACUGAAUUACUGGCAAGAUGAGGAGGUAGCGACCCUGUUCUCCUCUCUUGCUAAAGCUUCCCUCCCCCGCCUUCCCAAGGCGACCCUCUCGCGGAUCGCCCAGCUUCGGAACAGGCUCGGGCUCUCCCGGUUCGGGCAGAGGCUCGGGAAGAACCUCAGGGGCAGGCUCGGGAAGUGGCUGAGAGGUUCCGCAGGGGGUGGUAACCAGAAUGGUAACAGCAGUGUUGCCGAGUUGAACAGUGUUGCGAGCGUGCGGGCGGCGGUGGUGUCUUUUAGGUUCGGGACGUUUGAGUCUCCGGUCGGCAUUGCGCUGAGUCAGCAGCAUUGGAUGGACCCUUCUGGGAGUGUGAAGAUCUCUGGAUGCUCCUUUACUCAGUACGCAACAUGCAACCCUGCCAGUCCAGCCAUCGUGUGCCAAGCAACAGUCUUCGGAGGCUUUUGGGACUCUUCAACAGCCACUCAGGAUCUCAAGUUCGAUGCAACCACUAGCCGGGUCUAUCUACAACAGGAAGCAAACCCCACAAAGUCUACGUCGCUAAUCUCCCGCUUCUUCGCCAUUCAAGACCAAGACGGCACUCUCGUUGGCGGCUCUGGGGGGUUCGCCAUCUCGCCUUAUCUCGCCAAGCCUCCUGCCACGGUGGCGGCUCGCAAGCGGAGCAGUCUCCAGGCGGGGAGCAAAAAACCAGCCAGCUCCCUUGCUGGCUGCCAGUACAAGGACCUCUCGUGGGGGUACACGUGCCCCGGGACCUGCUUCCACUCCUUCUCGGCCACCUUCUAUGAAACUACCGGCCCCGCCGCUGUGAGGGGCAGCUCCCAGCGGCCCUACAGCUACCUGGUGAUCACGAGGGACGAGGAUGGGGCGCAGUUCGUGGCACACGGGUUCCAGAACGAUCCCAUCGCAGUGAUCCCUGCCAAGUCCACUGUGCGCAGGUGGAUUUCAGCCACCCUGGAAGCUGGGUUCACCUACAGCGUGCGUGUCGUCGCUCCCCCUUCCAACCCGAGCUUCUAUCCGGAUCGCAUCGCCGUGCAGCUGAGGGACGUGGGGGGGUGUGAGGGGCGGGUCAAGGUGCUGAUGGAGCCAAAGGACACCACUACCAACUGGGUCGCUACGUACAGCCCUCCCACCAGGUGCUCGUCAACGGUGCUUUCCCCGUCCACCACCUACCAGAGUUACCUUUGCUCCAACAGUCGCCGUCUCCUGGUCCUCGAUCUCGGCGCCCCGGCACAGUCCUACCAGAUGCUUGCUAUUGCUCGCUCCACCUCCUGCUCCUCCACCUCUUGCUGAGCAGCCGAAACCCUAGCUGUCGACCCUCGUCCUCGUCCUAGCUUUGGCUCGUCUCCUAGUCUCGAUUUCAGCGCCCUGGCACAAUCCUACCAGGCGCUCGCGCUACCUCCUCCACCCCUUGCUGAGUGGCCGAAACCCUAGCUGUCAACAUUUACCAUUCGUCCCACCUGUCGACAACAACUCGAUCUCGGUGCACUUUCACAAUCGUACCAGACCAGAUGCUUGCUAUCGCUCGCUCCACCUCAUUCUCCACCCCCUGAUGUUUGGUGUCUAAUCGCUUUAUAGGGAUCAAGCGAAACCAGUUUAUUUAUUCUUCAUGCCUUCGAGAGACACAUUAGUUUAUUCAUUUGUAGAAUCACAUGUUUCAGAAGUGCCAUUUUUGCAUUUUUUAUGUGGAGUAUGUUAAAUAUAUUUGUGUAUGUUUAGUAGACUACAUAGGAUUUUUCCAUAGAAAGUACAACCCAUUACCUAUAUGUUCAAUUAUAUAUUGUGUUAUAUGAUUUGUAGGCAUGGUAGGUUAUCGAACUCUACUGUGUUGUGAUAUGAUUGAUACUUAGCAUUUCUGUAAGU